AUGAAAAAAAAUUGGUUAUUUAUGUAUGUAACAAAAACUAUUAAUAUAGAUAGCUGUCAUUUCAUUAUUAAUAAAAAAAAGAAAUUUUAUGAUGUAUAUCCAUUUUCUACACUUAAAAGGAACUUACUGAAUAAACAAACAGUAAUAUAUAAUAAAGAUAUAUAUAUGAAAAAGAAUGGCAAUAAUGUCGUAAGUUCAGUACAUAUAUAUAAAAAAUAUAUUUGUUCAAAUCAAAUUUUAGAAAAAGAUUCCCUGAAGUAUUAUCAUGAAGAAAAAAAAGAUUUUAAAAAGAAUUUAGAAAAUUCAGAUUUAUAUAAAAAAAAAAAUGAAAUUAUGAAAGGUGACAACAAAAAUGAAGAGAUUUUAGUGAUUAAUAAUAAGAAAAAUAGAGAUACACUUAAUGAUAAUAUAAAUUUUAGCUGUGAAUUAUUAAAAAAAAACAUAGUAAGCAUAAGUAAAGAUACUAAAAAAGUGAAUUUUAAUAUGCCAACAUAUCAUCUGAAUAAUUAUCUCGAAUUAUCAAAAUCUAAAUUAACAAUAUGGGUAACUUUGAGCAGUACUUUUGGAUAUUUUAUGUUAGGUGGUUCUUCAUUAACAGAAUUUUCAGCGUUAGUAUUAGGUGUAUUUCUGUGUAGUAGCAGUGCUAAUACAUUUAAUCAGAUUCAUGAAAGAAAUAUAGAUAAAAUAAUGAAAAGAACACAAAAAAGGCCUUUAGCAAAUAAUAAAAUUUCUCUAAGGCACGCAGAAAUAUUUGGUUUCACAUCAGCAAUAACUGGUUCAUUAAUAUUGUACUUUUUGAAUAAUCCUUUAACUUCUUACUUAGGAUUAUUUAAUAUUAUAUUAUAUGCAUGUGUAUAUACACCAUUAAAGCUUAAAACUCCUUAUAAUACUCAUGUUGGUUCAAUAGUUGGCUCUAUACCAACACUAAUGGGAUGUACAGCUGUAGAACAAAAUAUAUUUUUACCUGAACCUUGGAUAUUAUUUGUAACUCAGUUUUUAUGGCAAUUUCCGCAUUUUUAUUCUCUAGCUUACUUAUAUAAAGAAGACUAUUUAAAAGGUAAAUAUAAAAUGUUUCCUCUUCAAGAUAAAAAUGGAAUAUAUACAGCAAAAUUAUGUAGACCUUAUAUUAUUGGAUUAUCAUCACUUCCAUUUAUUUUUUUUUUUUGUGGUUAUACAUCCUAUAUGUAUAUUUUAACAUCAUUAAUACCUAACUUAUUUAUUUGUUAUAAAUUUCAGAAUUUUUUAAAAAAACCCUCAAAAAGUAACAUUCGCUCCUUUUUUAAACAUUCAUUAUGGCAUAUAAUUUUAUUAUUAGCAUUAUCAGCUUAUCAUACACAAAUUCCAGAUAAAAAAAAUAAUAACAAUGGGAAUAUUAAAGACAGUAAUAUAGAUAAAAAUGAUAACUCUUUAGAUCAUAGCAUUACAAAAUUCAAAAAGAAACUAUUGAAAUUUUGUGUAGUUUUCUCUUAA